UUAUUAAAGGUGACCCUUCAACAAUACCUGGUGAAGAUGAAAAGCUAAAAGCAAAAAAGAUCCUUUUUAUUAUCUUCCUCAUGGUGUUAGCUCUUUCCCUUUUCCCACCUUCUUCAAACUUUCUCCUCCAUAGUUUAUCAUGUUAAUUACUAGAGUUUCAUUUUUACAAGAAACCUAAUAUUAAUACAGCCUCUUCUCCUUAGCCCUUUUACUAAUUAAUAUUUUCUAUGCCCCAAAACUCAAGAAAAGUAGUAAUCAAGAAUUCAUCAUGUUAAGCAUUAAUAACCCAAAUUCCUCUUCCGACCCUUUCACUUCCUCAGAGAAUGGAAAUAAUUGUGAUAGAAGAAAAAGAAGGCCAGCAGGAACCCCAGAUCCAGAUGCAGAAGUGGUAUCCCUAUCACCAAAAACGUUAUUGGAAUCAGAUCAAUACGUAUGUGAGAUCUGUAACCAAGGAUUUCAAAGGGACCAAAAUUUACAGAUGCAUAGGAGAAGGCAUAAAGUACCAUGGAAAUUGCUCAAAAGAGAAACCCCAAUAGUUCGAAAGAGAGUUUUUGUGUGUCCAGAACCAACUUGUCUACAUCAUGACCCUUGUCAUGCUCUUGGUGAUCUUGUUGGUAUUAAGAAACACUUCAGAAGGAAACAUAGUAAUCACAAGCAAUGGAUUUGUGACAAAUGCUCCAAAGGCUAUGCAGUUCAGUCCGAUUACAAAGCACAUCUCAAAACCUGUGGCACUCGUGGCCAUUCUUGCGAUUGUGGCCGCGUCUUCUCAAGGGUGGAGAGCUUCAUAGAGCACCAAGAUGCCUGUAGCUUCAGCAGACUCCGAUCAGAUUCAAAAUUUUUACAGCCAACAGCUUGCCUUUCUCGGACAGCUUCUAGUCCCACCCCCUCAAGUGACACUAAUCUCACUACAGUUCCAUGGCCUAGUUUCCUUAUAUCCAAUAAGCCAAAAACUUUGACUAGUUCCAAAAUAUUUCUCAAGAAUGACGUAAAGCAACACAAUUUGGAGCUCCAGCUCUUGACUACUACUACUACUACAUCUUCAUCUAGCCCCUUUGAUGUCUCUGUAUCAUCUAAACCGAACGAUGGUCACUCCACUCAUCUUCAACUCUCCAUUGGUUCAUCCGAUUUCAAUGAGAAAAAUGACUCAGAAAAUGACACGCACAAAUCGAGAAAUAUUCCAAAUUUGGAUGCUGCAUUGACGCUUAAAGACGAAGCGCGAGAGCGGUUGAGGCAGGCCACGGCUGAAAAGGCAUAUGCCGAAGAAACAAGAAAGCAAGCCAAGAGACAAAUUGAAUUGGCCGAGCAAGAAUUCGCCAAUGCCAAGAGGAUUAGACGACAAGCACAAGGGGAAUUAGAAAAGGCUCAAGCUUUGAAGGAGCAAGCAAUCAGGCAAAUUAAUUCUACUCUUUCACAAAUCACUUGUCAUGCUUGCAAACAGCAGUUCCAAACUAAAAGUAUAGCAACAACAAGUAUAGUUCCUUCUUAUGAUAUGGGGUUGAGCCACAUUUCUUCAGGUUUAACAGAACACGAGAUGUAACCAAUAGAUUUCGGUUUUUUAACGAAGUCCUUCUUUCAGCUAAAUUGAAGCUCCUUAGUGUAAUCUAUUUCAGUAUGCCGGUUUAAUUUGAAGAGAGAGAAAAGUCAUGGAGUUGACAAGAAUGAUGACUAAACUAUACAUCUCAAAUUUUCUCAACGUUAGUUCCUCAUCACCACUCUCUCUAGCUAUGUUAUAUUUUUUUCAUCUUUACUUUGAUUUAUUUUCUUUUUUCCUUUUUCCUUUUUGUUCAUUUUUGGUUCUUUCUUGUAUGAAUAUAAGUUUAGUUUAAAAAGAGUAAUUAAUUUGGUAUUUGUUUA